GCAUUCCAGCCUGUCGCCCAGGCUGUAGUGCAGUGGUGCAAUCUCAGCUCUGCAACCUUUACCUUCUGGGUUCAAGAGAUUCCCCCACCUCAGCCUCCCAAGUAGCUUAGACUACAGGCAUGUGCCACCGUGCCUGGCUACUUUUUUUUGUAUUUUUCGUAGAGAUGGGGUUUCACCAUGUUCGCCAGGCUGGCCUCGAACUCCUGACCUCAAGUGAUCCACCCACCUCAGCCACCCAAAGUGCUGGGAUUACAGGCGUGAGCCACCGUGCUCAGCCAAAUUUUUUUUAAUUAAAAAAAAAGAAUUCUUCCUUACCCAUGGACUCAGGUCACAUUCUCUCUCGCUCAGUCUCUAUCACAUUUAUUGCCCACAUGACUUCAUUAAAAUUUAAGUUCCAGAAGGAUGAGGCCUUUAAUUCGCGCACUACACAGGUGCUCAACACACAGUAUUUUCCUUCAGUUGCAGAGAAAUGAACAGUGGAGGACUCCCGCUGCUGGGUUGCACGAGCUAACAGCUCGGCAGCCGCCGGCUCUCCGCUCUUCCGGCCCCCGCCAUCACGGCGCCCAGAGGCGGGACUUCCUGUGUGGACAACAAGGAGCUUCCGGAUUGGGCCGGAAGUCCCCCUGAGAGCGGAUACCGCGGCGGGCCUGUGGGAACGGGAUCCUCUUCUCUCUGCUGCUGUAGCUGCCAUGGGCAAAAGAGACCGAGCGGACCGCGACAAGAAGAAAUCCAGGAAGCGGCACUAUGAGGAUGAAGAGGAUGAUGAAGAGGACGCCCCUGGGAACGACCCUCAGGAAGCGGUUCCCUCGGCGGCGGGGAAGCAGGUGGAUGAGUCCGGCACCAAAGUGGAUGAAUAUGGAGCCAAGGACUACAGGCUGCAGAUGCCGCUGAAGGACGACCACAACUCCAGGCCCCUCUGGGUGGCUCCCGAUGGCCAUAUCUUCUUGGAAGCCUUUUCUCCAGUUUACAAAUACGCCCAAGACUUCUUGGUGGCUAUUGCAGAGCCAGUGUGCCGACCAACCCAUGUGCAUGAGUACAAACUAACUGCCUACUCCUUGUAUGCAGCCGUCAGCGUUGGGCUGCAAACCAGUGACAUCACCGAGUACCUCAGGAAGCUCAGCAAGACUGGAGUCCCUGAUGGAAUUAUGCAGUUUAUUAAGUUGUGUACUGUCAGCUAUGGAAAAGUCAAGCUGGUCUUGAAGCACAACAGAUACUUCGUUGAAAGUUCCCACCCUGAUGUAAUCCAGCAUCUUCUCCAGGACCCAGUGAUCCGAGAAUGCCGCUUAAGAAACUCUGAAGGGGAGGCCACUGAGCUCAUCACAGAGACUUUCACAAGCAAAUCUGCCAUUUCUAAGACUGCUGAAAGCAGUGGUGGGCCCUCCACUUCCCGAGUGACAGAUCCACAGGGUAAAUCUGACAUCCCCAUGGACCUGUUUGACUUCUAUGAGCAAAUGGACAAGGAUGAGGAAGAAGAAGAAGAGACACAGACGGUAUCUUUUGAAGUCAAGCAGGAAAUGAUUGAGGAACUCCAGAAACGUUGCAUCCACCUGGAGUACCCUCUUUUGGCAGAAUACGACUUUCGGAAUGAUUCUGUCAACCCUGAUAUCAACAUUGACCUAAAGCCCACAGCUGUCCUCAGACCCUAUCAGGAGAAGAGCUUGCGAAAGAUGUUUGGAAACGGGCGUGCACGUUCGGGGGUCAUUGUCCUUCCCUGCGGUGCUGGAAAGUCCCUGGUUGGUGUGACUGCUGCGUGCACUGUCAGAAAACGCUGUCUGGUGCUGGGCAACUCAGCCGUUUCUGUGGAGCAGUGGAAAGCCCAGUUCAAGAUGUGGUCCACCAUUGACGACAGCCAGAUCUGCCGGUUCACCUCCGAUGCCAAGGACAAGCCCAUCGGCUGCUCCGUUGCCAUUAGCACCUACUCCAUGCUGGGCCACACCACCAAAAGGUCCUGGGAGGCCGAGCGAGUCAUGGAGUGGCUCAAGACCCAGGAGUGGGGCCUCAUGAUCCUGGAUGAAGUGCACACCAUACCAGCCAAGAUGUUCCGAAGGGUGCUCACCAUCGUGCAGGCCCACUGUAAGCUGGGUUUGACUGCGACUCUCGUCCGCGAAGAUGACAAAAUUGUGGACUUAAAUUUUCUGAUUGGGCCUAAGCUCUAUGAAGCCAACUGGAUGGAGCUGCAGAAUAAUGGCUACAUCGCCAAAGUCCAGUGUGCUGAGGUCUGGUGCCCUAUGUCUCCUGAAUUUUACCGGGAAUAUGUGGCAAUCAAAACCAAGAAACGAAUCUUGCUGUACACCAUGAACCCCAACAAAUUUAGAGCUUGCCAGUUUCUGAUCAAGUUUCAUGAAAGGAGGAAUGACAAGAUUAUUGUCUUUGCUGACAAUGUGUUUGCCCUGAAGGAAUACGCCAUUCGACUGAACAAACCCUAUAUCUACGGACCUACGUCUCAGGGGGAAAGGAUGCAAAUUCUCCAGAAUUUCAAGCACAACCCCAAAAUUAACACCAUCUUCAUAUCCAAGGUAGGUGACACUUCGUUUGAUCUGCCAGAAGCAAAUGUCCUCAUUCAGAUCUCAUCCCAUGGUGGCUCCAGGCGUCAGGAAGCCCAAAGGCUAGGGCGGGUGCUUCGAGCUAAAAAAGGGAUGGUUGCAGAAGAGUACAAUGCCUUUUUCUACUCACUGGUAUCCCAGGACACACAGGAAAUGGCUUACUCAACCAAGCGGCAGAGAUUCUUGGUAGAUCAAGGUUAUAGCUUCAAGGUGAUCACGAAGCUCGCUGGCAUGGAGGAGGAAGACUUGGCGUUUUCGACAAAAGAAGAGCAGCAGCAGCUCUUACAGAAAGUCCUGGCAGCCACUGACCUGGAUGCCGAGGAGGAGGUGGUGGCUGGGGAAUUUGGCUCCAGAUCCAGCCAGGCAUCUCGGCGCUUUGGCACCAUGAGCUCUAUGUCUGGGGCCGAUGACACUGUGUACAUGGAGUACCACUCAUCGCGGAGCAAGGCGCCCAGCAAACAUGUGCACCCGCUCUUCAAGCGCUUUAGGAAAUGAUGCUUAGGCGGGGUACUUUGUUCAAGACCGGCGCUUGGCACUCUUGUUGGAAAGGGAUUUUCAGCAUAACUAACGUUUUCCUUCCACCUCCUUGACCUUCCCUCCAGCGUUGGCCAAAUUGUGCUGAGGAAAAUGCAUCAAGGGCUUGGCUCUGCCUUCGUGGGUCAUCUAGGGUUUUAUAAAGGAGGAGGAGACAAUAUUUUUUCAAACUUUUUGGGGAGUGGGGUCAUUUCUGUGUAUAAAAAUUUUUAAUAUUUAAGGUGUAUUUAUAUUACUGUUCUGAAUAAACAGAAUGGACCAUUGAACCACU